GCCACACCUCGGCUCGCUUGGCAGCACGGCGAGGACGGCCGGAGCGCCGGCAGCUGAUACCCGAAGUACCCGAGCGUGGGAGCGAUCUGCCCAUGGGCCCCCGCCUGCUGCUGCUUCUGGUGCUGCUUCAGGCAGUUUGGAAAGGUGCUCUGGGAAAGUCCCAUUCACUGCACACUCGAGGAAUCAUUGAACUGGCUGGAGCCAUAACGUGUGGCACAGGACGGUCUCCCUUGGCAUAUAUUGGCUAUGGGUGCUACUGUGGACUGGGAGGACGAGGCUGGCCUAAAGAUAAAACAGACUGGUGCUGCCACAGGCAUGACUGCUGCUAUGACACAGCAGAGAAGGAAGGCUGCACCCCCAAGGUGCAGCGCUACCAGUGGGAGUGUGAGCAGAACAUCGUGCGGUGCGAUAACCUGACAGACCGAUGUGAAAAAAUGGUGUGCCUGUGUGACCAAGAAGCAGCCAAGUGCUGGGGAGCAGCCCCAUACAAUCCUCACUUCAUCCUCUGGCCAGACUUUUUAUGUGGACAGACUCAUCCCACCUGCCAUGUCAGAUAUGGGGGGCCGGAAUAGUCUUUUUAGGACCUUUCUUCAAACAAUUUGAAUUUGAAGGCAGUGGAAUAAAAUUUUUCCU